AUGGUGCCCGUGGGCCCCGUGGGCCGGGACGGCCCCAGGGUGCUCGUGGUCUCCACAGUCUUCUCUCAGGGGGCUCAAGGCCAAUCCUGGCCACCGUCUGAAACAAGAAGGGGGUAUGAGUUCCCAGCGCACCGCGCCGUGCUGGCCGCGUGCAGCGUCUACUUCCACCUCUUCUACAGGGACCGGCCCGCCGGCGGCCGCAACACCGUGCGGCUCAACGGCGACAUCGUCACGGCGCCCGCAUUUGGCCGCCUGCUGGACUUCAUGUACGAGGGCCGUCUGGACCUGCACAGCCUGCCCGUCGAGGACGUCCUGGCCGCUGCCAGCUAUCUGCACAUGUACGACAUCGUCAAGGUCUGCAAGGGCAGGCUCAGGGAGAACGACCCAGCGCUGCACCGGGAUGUCCCUGCCCCCGAGGCAGAGACACAGCACCGGCCACCGUGCCCCCUGCGUGCGUGCACCCCAGGCCUCUGCCCUGCUGCGCUGACUGCCAAGCUCCCCGCACCAGGGGUCAAGGCUGCGCUCCUUCUGCCAGCAUCCAGCCCUGCCCCUUGGCAGGCCCCAAGAGAGUCGGACCGGGCGCUGGACCUGUCGCUGAAGCCGGGUCCGAGACCAGAGCCAGUCCAAACACUGGCCUGCAGCAGCCAGAGGCAGCGAGGAGCCCCAUUUCUGGUAAAGGAUGAGCAGGACUCGCGAUGGGAACAGGAGCAGAGCCGCGGUCCCUGGAGCUGCCGCAGCUCCCUCCAGCCAGCCUGUGCCCCCACAGCCCAGCACCUGCCACUGGACUUGGAGCUGCUGCCCUGCCGAGAGGCGGCCAGCCGGGAGCUGGAGCUGGGUUCCCAGCGGGAGGCAGGAGCCACGGAGGAGCUGGGUCCUGGAGGGCUCCUCUGCAUCUGCCCGCUGUGCUGCAAGCUGUUCCCCAGCGCCCAUACCCUGCAGCAGCACCUCAGUGCACACUUCCGAGAGCGGGAUGGCACCCGGGCCAGGCUCUCGCCCAAUCGUGCCGUGCCCACCUGCCCACUCUGCAGCAAGACCUUCUCGUGCAGCUACACACUGAAGCGGCAUGAGCGGACGCACUCGGGGGAGAAGCCCUACACGUGCAUGCAGUGCGGCAAGAGCUUCCAGUACUCCCACAACCUGAGCCGGCACGCCGUGGUGCACACGCGGGAGAAGCCGCAUGCCUGCCGCUGGUGUGAGCGCCGCUUCACACAGUCCGGGGACCUGUACCGCCAUGUGCGCAAGUUCCACUGCAGUGUGGUCAAGUCCCUGCUUGUGUGACACACUCCUCCGGCUGGGUGGACCUAGGGAUGCAAGGAGCCAUGUUUGGAAGCCUGGGCCACGGGGCUCUACCUGCUACGAAGGGGUGCUGUCCUCCCUGCCUCCCAGCCAGGUUUCAGGACAGAAUUGGGGCCCAGGUUUCCCUGUGUGGCUGACAAAGGUGUCCUGUGUUCAGGGGUUUUCUGACCACCUCUCUGGCCUGCUUGGGUGUUCUCUGAGCCUGGUUCCCUGGCAGGCAGUGACUCACAGGUCGGAAGUCAUUGACAGGGCACUUGGAGGAAACAGGCCACCCCUGGUGCAGGGCAGCAGGGCCCCCUGCUGGGAAGGCCUGGGGCACAGCGAGUGCCUUUAGGAGCUUCUGAGGCACAGCUGUGUCAUGGAGUGUGGCCCCAGCAGGGACCCCAGAGCAGCAGGAGGAGAGCCAGCUAAAGCUACUGGUCUUGGGUCAGUGUCACUGGGGUGGAACUGCUGGAGCGUGUGAUCCUGACCUCACUGUAAGCCUGGGCAGAGAAAUGGGAAUUUGGAAAUGGAUUAUCUUUAGACCCAGGAGAAGACCUCCCUGAGGCCACCAGGUGUCUGCCCAUGGGUGAUGGGGCAAGUGCCAAUCCAGUGUGCCUCUGGGCAUCCCUGGGGUGGGGCCAGGGUUCUGCCCCUGGGGUCUCCACCACUUUCAGGGGUCUCCCUGGGGCUUCAGGUGUUUCCAGUGCAGGAGCACAGGGUUACCAGGAGUGAUGUCUUCAGAGCUCCUCUUCCCCACUGGGGCAGGAGUGGAUGCCACCAUCAUGCGGGGAGGGAGAGGCUGGUAUCCCCCGGACCAGAGCCAUAGCAACCCACUUAGUCCACAGCCACUGGCCCUAGAAUGGGAAGAACACACCUGCUAUAUUUGAGGUCCUUUGGGCUACCUACAUGGACACCAGUCUUGUUGCUGGGACCUUGAUGGUUAUAGGUGGGGUGGGUGGAGUGGGGGUGUGCCCAAUCCCUAGGCAGGCAGCAAGUGGCAGAGCUCCCUGGCUGUCUCCAGGAUACCAGGCUGUUUCUGCUGUGGUUGGAAGUGGCACUGGGAUGAAGUCAGUUGAAGUUGUCGUCCGUCUCCUCAUAACUCCUGGUGUUGUGUUCAUCUGUCUGCCUGACCCAGAAUCAAAUGCUGGUCGCCUUCUCAGUAGGGGGCAGACUUCAGUCCACUUGCCUCCUGGCUCUGCUCUUCUGCUGCCUCUGCGGCCAGCCUGAGACCUGGACCACUGUGGCCCCAAAUAGAUGGGUGAGGGGACACCUGCUUCUGUCAGUCCUGGCUCCCGACCGCACCUCACGGGGGCUGGAGGGACACAGCCACACACUAUGGGUUCUGAGUUCUGGGUUUGCGUGUGUCCACACCCAGGAGGGCAAUGGAGCCAGCAGGAGAGCAGUUGCCACCAUCAGGGACACAUUCUGUGUCACUGGCUUCCCCGAGUGCUUCCCCAGGGCGGGGACGCCUGCUCUGUGUUAUCAACACUGGGUUUGUUGUCUUUGUGCACAGUUACUGUGACGUGAAUAUAAUGAGAAUGAUCAGUUUUAAUUUUGUAGGCGAUGGUUUAGAUAAAAUAUGCACACUUACGUAGAUCUAUGUAUCCUUGACACUGCUUAUGGGGCAGAGAGAAGCAAGUGGAGCCUGCCGGCUGGGACAACUGCAGAGUGACCCUGGGAGACAGCUGUCCCCCUCAGCUUCGGUGGGGAGCCUUUGCCAGCUGCUGCCUGGGCUGGCCAUGGAGACUGGCGCCAUCUUCCUGUGUCCCACAUCGUGGUUGUCACGAUGGCAGUGUAA